AUGACAAUCUCCAACUAUCCAGAAGUUGCUGCUUUCGAUUUAGAUUAUACAGUAUGGCCAUGUUACUGUGAUACUCAUUUGAAUCCGCCAUUUAAACCGAUCAAAAAUUCGAAUAACGAAGUCCAUACUGUCGUGGACUCGUCAGGCUACGAAUUAUCAUUUUACAAAGAUAUUCCUAAGAUUAUUUCUGACUUGAAGCAGAAUAACGUCAAAAUCGUUUCGGCAUCCAGAACUUGGGCUCCUGAAAUUGCCAAACAGUUAUUGAAAGUAUUCAAAGUUGAAUACGAGGGCAAAAUCGUUCCUUUAGGUCAACUAUUCGACGCUAUGGAAUGGGGCGAAAGAAGCAAAGUUGGUCACAUUAGUGACGCUUUGAAAACUUUAUAUGGAGAUGCUGAUAUAAAGAAAUAUAAAAUUUGUCUGUUCGAUGAUGAAAGCAGAAAUAAAGAGGUGGAAAGGCACGGUGUGGAUUUUGUUUUUGUAAAAGACACUGAAAAAGGUGCUACUUGGAACCUUUAUCAAAGCUACUUAUCUGGCAUUUAG